AUGAAUAAGCCCUUCAUUGUUUCCUUGUUAGCCAUGUUAAUUGUAACUUCUUAUGGAGCUGAGUACAGGGAGCUUGACAUUCUUGGGGACCUUGAGAACCUCGACGUACCACAGGAUGAUAUUAAUGAAGAUAUGACGAUCUUUGAUUUCUCGUGUUUAACAAGUCAAAAUUCUGGUAAGAAUCUGGUGAAUGUCGAUAGCUUUGGUGCAGUUGGAGAUGGAGUCUCUGAUGAUACUCAGGCAUUUACAAGUGCGUGGAAGAUGGCCUGCUCUGCACCAAGAUCUGUGUUAUUGGUUCCACAAGGACGUCACUAUUUAGUAAAUGCAACGAAAUUCAAUGGUCCAUGUCAAGAAAAAUUGAUUAUUCAGAUUGAUGGAACAAUCGUUGCACCGGAUGAUCCUACCCAAUGGAACCCGAGAUUCCAAAGGGUUUGGCUCGAAUUUUCCAAACUCCAAGGUGUUGUAUUCCAAGGAAAUGGUGUUAUAGAUGGUUCUGGUGCCAAAUGGUGGGCUGCUUCUUGCAAGAAGAACAAGACCAAUCCUUGCAUAGGCGCACCAACGGCGGUAACUAUAGAUUCGAGUUCGGGUGUUUAUGUGAGAGGCUUAACAAUCCGGAACAGCCAACAGAUGCAUUUGAGCAUUGCUCGGUCAAAUACAGUUCACAUCUCUAGAGUUAUGGUCACUUCUCCUGGAGACAGUCCGAACACUGAUGGAAUCCAUAUCACCGCAUCUACUAAUGUUGUAAUCCAAGAUUGUAAAAUUAGCACAGGAGAUGAUUGUGUCUCAAUUGUGAAUGCAAGCGCGAGGAUAAAGAUGAAGAAGAUCUACUGUGGACCAGGACAUGGAAUCAGUAUUGGAAGCCUUGGAAAAGGAAACUCGACAGCAAUGGUCACAGCAAUUGUGUUGGACACUGCGGUUUUAAAGAACACAACUAAUGGUUUAAGAAUCAAAACAUGGCAGGGCGGUAAUGGUUACGUUAAAGGUGUACGUUUUGAGAACGUUGAGAUGGAGAACGUUGCAAAUCCGAUUAUAAUCGAUCAAUUUUACUGCGAUUCGCCAUCAACUUGUCAAAACCAGACAUCCGCGGUUCACAUAACUGAGGUAAUGUACAGAAAUAUAACCGGAACCACGAAAAGCGCAAAAGCUAUCAAAUUCGCGUGCAGUGACGCAGUUCCUUGCAGCCACAUUGUCCUCAACAAUGUCAAUUUGGAAGGCAAUGAUGGGAAAGUUGAAGCAUAUUGUAAUUCAGCUGAAGGGUUUGGUUAUGGAGUUGUUCAUCCAUCUGCAGAUUGUCUCGAUUCGCAUGACAACAAGAGCUUAGACCAAACUGAUAAGUAUUUGGCAGAAGAAACUGUUAUGCUCGGAGAUGAAACUGAAAAUGUUCAUGACGAGCUUUAA